ACCGCAUUCGAUUUCCCGUAUAUUUAACCCCCUGUAUACGCAGAGACUCAUUUGCAUGCUCUGUUCUCAAACCACAAAAAACCCUCAGUUUUUUCUCUCUCGUCAGAAAAAAACUUCAACCAACCAAGUGACUAGAAAUGGCCGGUGUAUUCUCGCUCCAUCAGUUCUCCUGCAAAACCCUCUCCAAGAUCUCACCGCCUUCCCAAUUCAACUCAAAGCCCACGCUUUCUCCUCCGAAUUCGAUAAACUUCAACAAAACCCCUCUUAUUUCAUCGCUGAAGAUUUCGGGGCCGGGUUUCCAGGUUGUCCGUGCGGUGCCUGACAACGAGUGGGGGCCGGAGAAGGAGGAAGGCGCCGCGACGGGGGUGGCGGUGGCGGAGGAGGAGCCGCCGGCGAAGGAACCGACGGAGAUUGAGCUGUUGAAGAAGCAGCUGGUGGAUUCGUUCUACGGGACCGAUCGCGGGCUGAGGGCGACGAGCGAGACGAGGGCGGAGAUUGUGGAGCUGAUCACGAAGUUGGAGGCUAAGAACCCGACCCCGGCGCCUACGGAGGCGUUGACUCUGCUCGAUGGCAAGUGGAUUCUCGCGUACACAUCAUUUGUGGGUUUGUUCCCUCUGUUGUCGCGAACACUGGCACUGGUGAAGGUGGAGGAGAUAUCACAGACCAUUGACUCGAAGAACUUUACAGUCCAGAAUUCUGUCCUGUUUUCAGGGCCACUUGCCACCACUUCUCUUAGUACCAAUGCCAAAUUUGAAGUUCGAAGUCCCAAGCGUGUUCAGAUCAAGUUUGAGGAAGGCAUCAUUGGAACUCCCCGGUUGACAGACUCCAUUGUGUUACCGGAAAAUGUUGAAUUUCUAGGAACAAAGAUUGACUUCACACCUUUCAAAGGCUUAAUCACCUCUGUACAAGACACAGCUUCAUCUGUUGCAAAGACGAUCUCCAGUCAACCACCACUCAAGUUCUCAAUCUCCAACACGAAUACAGAAUCAUGGUUACUUACCACAUACCUCGAUGAAGACCUUCGGAUCUCAAGGGGAGAUGCCGGCAGUAUAUUUGUGCUUAUCAAAGAGGGUAGCCCCCUCUUGACUCCUUGAACAGGUCCGAAAAGCCCUCUCAAUCAUGUGUGCUGCUUUUCUCUGUGUGUGGUUGUAAUGUUAUAUAGGGAAUGAAUACAAGACUCUCAGUAUGUACCUGUACGUGUCAGGAACCUUAAUGUCGUUUAUACGCAGUACAAUAAUUUCAAAAAUAUCAUAGCAUCAGAUUUUUGAAUCCAGGUUUGUAUUUUAUGAACUUGUUCUUGUGUUCCAGUUAACCACAUUUGUGUUGUAAUAUCUAUGGAGCUUAAUGAUUAUGGGUAA